AUGUCGGGAUUUGAUCAGGACAAGUUUGCCCAGGACUUCCAGGCCCGUGCCCAGGUGGGUGGAAAUGGCCAGGCUCCCGGCCAGAACCAGAACCAGGGCCAAGGUCAAGGUCAAGGUCAGGGCCAGAACUUCCAGUAUAGUUUCCAACCGGGUCAGAACUUCCAACCUGGUGGUCAGACUUUUACUCCUGGACAAUAUGGCCAGUAUGGAGGCCAACAAUAUGGUCAAUAUGGCCAACAACAAUAUGGUCAAUAUGGUCAAUAUGGCCAGCAACAGGGCCAAUAUGGCCAAUAUGGACAACAGCAACAACAGUAUGGCCAGUACGAUAAUACCUAUAACCGCGGUGGUUAUAACAACAGAGGAGGUUACAACAAUUACAACCAAUCGUACAACAAUAACAAUAACUACCAGCAAGAAGACAGUGGAAGUACUAUGACUCUGGAAGAGUAUCAGAACAAGAAGAGCAGCCUGCCUCCACCACCUGCCAGAAGCAGACCUUUAGCAGGAGGUGCUGCUGCCACUCCUUCUUCUUCUUCUUCUGGCUCUUCUAUUAUCACCGGUACCAACAAACCCAAGGUUUUGAAGCUUGGUGAGGAGAAGAAGCCUGAGGCUAAGCCCGCUGCUGCAUCUACUCCAGCCAAGACUGAAGCCAAGACUGAAGCCAAGUCUGAGGUCAAGACUGAGACCAAGACUGAAGUCAAGUCUGAAGCCAAAACUGAAACCAAGACUGAAGCCAAGACCGACAGCAAGGCUUCUACUCCAUCUAUUACUCCUUCAUCCACUCCUAAGCCAGAAGGCAAAUCCAGUGCAGCAGCAGCUGCUGCAGCUGGUAAAAAGGCAGACUCACCAGCUCCAUCUGCUAAAAGUGGAGAGAAACAAGAUGCUGAUACAUUGACCAAACAACAGGAAGAAGAGCUCGACAAAGAGGUGCUUGCUGAUUUGUUUGGAUCUACUGGUGGUAAAGAGCAUAUGUCGAUUAUCUUCAUGGGCCACGUCGAUGCUGGUAAGUCCACUAUGGGUGGUAACUUACUGUACUUGACUGGUGCUGUUGAUAAGCGUACAGUUGAGAAGUACGAGCGCGAGGCCAAAGAUGCUGGUCGUCAAGGUUGGUAUCUGUCUUGGGUCAUGGAUACCAAUAAGGAAGAGCGUGCCGAAGGUAAGACUGUCGAAGUUGGUAAGGCAUUUUUCGAGACUGAAAAACGUAGAUACACCAUUUUAGACGCGCCCGGCCACAAGAUGUAUGUUUCCAGUAUGAUUGGAGGUGCUUCGCAAGCCGAUGUGGGUAUUCUGGUGAUUUCCGCUAGAAAGGGUGAAUAUGAGACUGGUUUCGAAAAGGGCGGUCAGACUAGAGAGCACGCUGUUCUUGCCAAGACUCAAGGUAUUAAUAAGUUGCUGGUGGUGGUUAAUAAGAUGGACGACCCUACUGUGCAAUGGAGUGGUGAGAGAUAUGAGGAGUGUACUAAGAAGCUGAGUGUGUUCCUCAAGGGCAGUGGAUAUAAUAAGACCGAAGUCACUUUCAUGCCAGUAUCUGGAUAUACCGGAGCUGGUCUUAAAGAGCGAGUUCCCAAGGAUCUGGCUCCUUGGUACGACGGACCCUCUCUUUUAGAGUACCUUGACGCCAUCUCCAUUGAGGAUCGUAAAUUAGGUGCUCCUUUCAUGAUGCCUGUUUCUGGUAAAGGUAAGGAUCUCGGAACCAUUGUCGAAGGUAAGGUCGAGUCUGGUAACGUUCGUAAGGGCGAGUCGUUGAUUCUCAUGCCUAAUAAAACCCCUGUCGAGGUUUUGGCGGUAUAUAACGAGUCUGAAGCCGAGGUGCCUGCUGCUAUUUCGGGUGACCAGACCCGUAUUAAACUCAAGGGCAUUGAAGAAGAGGAUGUACAAGUGGGAUACGUGCUGACGUCGGCUAAAAACCCCGUUCACACUGCCACUAAGUUCCAGGCCCAAAUCGCCAUUCUCGAGCACAAGUCCAUUAUCUCGACCGGUUACGGUUGUGUCAUGCACGUCCACACUGCCAUCGAGGAGGUGGUGCUGACCCAACUGCUCCACAAGCUAGAGAAGGGCACCGGCCGUAAGUCCAAGAAACCACCUGUGUUUGCCAAAAAGGGCAUGAUGGUCAUUGUAGAGCUCGAGGCAUCCGAACCCGUCUGUCUCGAACCCUUCAAGGACUACCCCCGUCUGGGCCGUUUCACCCUCCGUGACCAGGGCCAGACCGUCGCCAUCGGCAAAAUCACCAAAAUCGUCGCCUAA